AGGACAGGUAUAUGUAUACACACAGGCUUGACAGAUAGCACAUCGCUGGUGAUUACUUUAAUCGAGGUUUGGAAACUGUACACAGACUCUAAUUGUCAGUUUGGGCCACAGGACAGUACAAAAGUUGCUGACUUGAAGUGAAGAUGGGGAAUGAACAAUCAACUCAGAAAAGACCGCCAAAGACAAAUGCUGAGAAAAAAGUGAAGAAUGGAGAUCUGAAUGGACAUGCAGUCCCGAAUCCAGAUGGAACUGAACUUGUGGCUAGCAAAACCGCAGCAGUGGAGCAAAAGAGUGAACCCCCACCAGUGACCAUCAAAAAUGAACCAAAGCCACCAAAAAAAGAGGAGGUAGACGGCUGUAAACUCAACGGACCCGCACAUGUGGCAACAACCCCCGAGCAAAAAACCACAAUCGUAAAAAAUGCAGAACCACCCAAAACAGUCCCGAAGCCCAGUGAAGAUGAGGUGACCACCCUCUUUGGUAAAAUGUUCAAAAAGAAGAGUGAACCUGUGAAACCUGCAUUAGAAAGCAACGAUUCAGUUGACGCCCUCGUGGAUCUGAAAAUUGACUUGCAGCCUGAUCCAGUGGACAUAAAGACCAGCACACAGCCGGAGCCGGAGGGUGAAACUCUCGAACCCUGUCCUGUGGAAGUCACGGAAGAAAACCAUCCAUCAGAGGACAUUAAAGCAACAGAAAAGACAGUUAUGAACUUUUUCAAAACAUUUGUCACUCCGACCAAAACGAGCAAAGAAGCCAAAGCCACUCCUGAUGCUUCAAAAGAACAGGCACAGGAAACACCCAAGGCUCCUCCUCCUCCUCCCCCAGCUCCACCUAAGAUGGAGAGUAAAGCAGAGCCGGUGGUGAAAAAAGAGGAAACGUCUGCAACAAAAGCAGCGGCGGCAGCUUCAGCAAAAGCAGAGGGAUCUGCCAAGACCAAAACUAAAGACAGUUCAUUCAGCAAACUCUUCCGUCCAAAGGUAGACGCUUCGAAGAGCAGCACCCUUGAGGCUUCUGCCAAACCCGAAGAACCUCCGGCACCAAAACCAGAAGAGAAGAAACAAGAGAAAAAAUCCACUUUUGGAAACAUGUUCAAACCCAAGGCACCAGAGGCCAAGAAGGAGACUCCAGCUCCACCUCCUGUGGCAGAAGCUGCUCCAGUCGUGAAGGCCAAAGAGGAGCCCAAACCUGCCGUCCCAGCACCACAAACGGCCCCGGACAACAAAUCCAUCGGGAGCACGGAUAACUCCUCGCCCAACAUGCCUCGAAAGCUGGAGAAGAGGAAUUCCCUCCAGCUGUUCUUCAAAAACCUGGUUAAGUAAAAACACAGAGCUCACCGAGGGCAGGGGAGUGGACAGAGGACACGCGUGUCUAUCUAGUUUAACUGUUCACUUGCAUGUAGUUUGUCAGUGAAAUGCUGAGAAGUGUUUUGUAAUUCUGUGCGACGUCUAACCAUCCUGAUUCUUUUGGUAUUGUUUGCUGGCUGUUAAUCUUAAAACAUAAACAAGAAUCAACUUUGACAGUGUAUGACCACUAGAUGGCCUCAGUCACCAACAUUUACGUCAAUCAAUUCCACAUAAAUAUGAACUCUCAUUUGUAUUGCGCUUUAAUACAUGCUAAUUAAAAAUGUAAUAAAUAUUUGAAAACAUUUGCAUAUGAUAUUUUAUAACUGCAUGAAAUCUAAUAAUAUUGCAUGAAAUCUCAUGUUAUUCUAAUCUUAGUUGCAAUAUUUGUUUUUUAGCCUCUUCAUUCAUUUAAAUGAAUUUGUGUUCAUUAUUAUUAUCCACGGUUAUUGGUGGUUUCAUCCCUGCAUAAUCACAGCAUACACCGAUAAUAAAGCGUGUAAUUUCACCAUUGACUAAAACUAAAAGAGACGUGUCGGAGCAAGAUCCGCUGUUGGUACUUUAGCUAAAUAAAACAGUAGUUGUCAGACAGGUUGCGAGGGGUUUUGCUUCAGGCGCCAUUAAAAACCUAAGACUUCCUUGCUAAGUUAUGAUCACUAAUGUUGCGUUGUGCGUUGGUGUGUCUCACAGGGCCAAAAACGCCAGUCUGAUGCCGGAAUGCAAACGGACCCCGUGGCGCCCGAGAAGUCCAAAUAAAGCCCCGUCUUUGUUUUGAUCUUUGUCAAAACCAUUUUCCACCAUGUGUGCAUAUUUAAUAGGCCCCAGUUUCGUAUAUUUGGUUAUGAGGUUCUCUCUAAAUCUGAAAUUGUCCCAUGAAACACGGCUGAAUCCCCAUCUAUUUAGUGAGAGCGGAAGUAAGUGAUAUUCCCUGUUAAGCAAGUGCUACAUGUGUUUUUGACUGGAGGGAGGAACUUGGAUUGUUUUCCCACAGAAAGACGUUGUCAGAGUUGCGUGAUGAUGUGGCAUAAGAUGGAAAAGUGAAAGUGAAAAUGUAAUCCUACAUUUAAUAUGAUUUAAUUUCUGUGCAUGUUAAAAUGUAA